GCAGGAAUAACAAAGGACGUUGUUGAUCAAGAAUAGAGACUGAUGAAGAAAAUACUUUACAAAAGAUUUGGAUCAAACCUCCCACAUCAGAAGUGGGCUGAUAUUCACCGACAGCAUGCAGAGCAGUUUCCUGAACUCCUGGUCUUGAUGGACCUGCUGCACAGUCUUCCACCAACAUCAGUUUCAUGUGAGACUUCCUUCUCGCAGAUGAAGCUGAUCAAGACCAGCAGGAGAUGUAGGAUGAGAUCAUCGACACUCAACACUCUGAUGACUGUGAAGCUACAAGCCCCAUCAAUUACAGACUUUGAUCCUGAGAAGGCCAUUGACAGGUGGUUGGUAACACCUACACGGGCUAGGUCUCUUAACUAUAACAGAGGCAAGCACAACCAAUCAGCUGUCAAGACAUCUGAAGUCAUCUGUGUAGUGGAGGAGAAAGAUGUGGAAGAUGCUGAGGAGCAGGAGGAGGAAGAAGAGUCAGACAUUGAAGAGGAGAUCGCCGUCUUCAACAAAGCCAUCGAUCCCGAUGAAGACAGCGAUUACUGUUCGGAUUUCGUGGAUGAAGAACAGACAUUUGCUAAAAUCAUGAACUAUUAUUGAGAUUGCCAUUUGAUAAAUGAAACAGUACAUUGUAAAUUUAAUGUGCACUAAAGUGUAUUGUUAUGGAGGGAGGUUAUCUUUUAAUUUUGUUGCUAAUAUUUACCAUUUACUGCGCUCAGAUAUUGUUGUUGUGUAUUUAAUUUGGGUCCUGUGAAUUUUCAGUGGGUCAGACAGAUUUCUGAGAGUCACAGGACCCAUGUCCUGCAGGACUACAAACUAUUUCGUGAACA